GAUAGAUAAUCCACGUGGCUUGUGGUGAAACGGUAGAGAGAGUGCUAAUCACGAGAUUCUGGUCUCCGCUCAACUCUGGCAGUCACAAAUCUCCUCUUUUUUUCUUUCUCUUAGUUGUGUUCACGUCGUUCAUCCAUUUCUCCUCUCUUCUUCAAAUUGCUAUAAAUUCUACUCACUAUGCGACCUGUUACUUUCAUCCUUUGAUUCCUUUACCAACUCUUCCUUUUGACUUUCCACUUGCCGAUUUCCAUGGAAAUAUGUCGUCUGCUUCUCUUUUUUGCUGCGAUUUCUCCCAUUUUCCGGCUUAUCCAUGCUACCUCCGGCGAAGAUGAUCCCAUUUACCAAGCAUGUGUUGGUCACUGCAAGGAGACUGGAUGUGUGGGGGAAAAAUGCUUUCAACAUUGUAAUUUUUCUUCUGGGGAAAAUCCAAUUGAUGGUCCAUGGUACCUGCAGGAGCCACUUUAUCAAAGAUGGAAACAAUGGGACUGCCUUAGUGAUUGUCGAUACCACUGUAUGAUUGCCAGAGAGGAAGGAAGGCAGAAACUUGGUCUUCAACCUAUCAAAUAUCAUAGGAAAUGGCCAUUCCAACGUGUUUAUGGGAUUCAGGAACCUGUUUCUGUGGCAUUCUCUGUCCUUAACCUUGCUAUACAAUUCCAUGGAUGGGUAUCAUUUUUUAUUCUAGUGAACUACAAUCUACCUUUUAGCCCGAAGAAGAAGCCAUAUUAUGAAUACACUGGCUUGUGGCAUAUCUACGCUAUUUUAUCAAUGAACUCCUGGAUAUGGAGUGCUGUUUCCCAUAGUAGAGAUGUGGAAUUGACUGAGAAGCUGGACUAUUCAUCCGUGGUUGCAUUUAUUGGGUAUUCUCUUCUUGUUGCUAUAUUGCGAGCCUUUAAUGUGAGAGAUGAGGCAUCAAGGGUAAUGAUUGCUGCUCCCAUUGUUGCGUUUGUGACAACCCAUAUCUUGUAUCUGAACUUUUAUCAACUCGACUAUGGAUUAAACAUCAAAGUCUGUGUUGCUAUGACCAUGCUGCAGUUCAUUUUAUGGGUUGUCUGGGCAGGUUUUACUCGUCAUCCAUCACGCUGGAAGUUGUGGGUUGUGGUGGCUGGUGGAAUCCUUUCCACACUCAUUAAGAUAUAUGACUUUCCUCCAUAUAUGGGAUAUGUAGAUGCCGAUGCUUUAUGGCACGCUAUGUCCAUUCCUCUCACCUACUUGUGGUGGAGUUUCGUAAGGGAUGACAGUCAAUUUGGAACAACAACUCUCACCAAGAAAGCAAAGUAGAAUGAGAAGCAUGUUGUAUUCAGGUCUUACGUAGUUUUUGGUUGGUUGUUGUUUUUUUCUUGCAUGUACACGUUUCAUGGAAAUGCUUAGCGGCCAUGCGAGUUUCUGUUUUUCCAACUUCAAUAGGUCUAGUUCAAAUGCAUAUUGUUUUAUUUCCACAGUUUUUCCCUAUGGUCUUGUAAAACACAUCUGAAAGUUAUAAUGUACUUAUGUGAUUUGUAGUUUGUAUUCUCCACAUUUAUUCA